AUGGCUCUAGAUAAAGACCAACUAAUAAAAGUCUAUGUGCUUCGACUUGUUAGCUCUCUCGUGCCACAAGAAUUUGGUCAAGAGUACAUCCAAAGCUUAGCCGCUGACUUACAUUCGUACCUAUUAACUGGGAUGAACCAAGACUCCAAGAAUACUGAUGUGAAUCAAUUGGUGGACCAUUUCAAGAAACAAUUUUUAAGCAGAGGACUCAUGCAAGAAUGGAUAUUAUUCCAGCAAAUUUUGGAUCAGUUGAUCCAACACCGAUCGAUAGAUUCUAUAGUGAAUUAUCUAAUUUUAUUAUAUCAUUUACAAAGCGGCUCGAAUUCUAAUUCUCAAGUUAAUCAAGGGAAUUAUAUCCAGUCAUCUCCAUUCAAUGACCAGAUAACGUCGAACCACAAUACUCCAAUUCUAGGUCAUUCCAAUCUCAAUAGGCCAACUUCUGAGAAUUCGAAUAAUUCAAAUGGGGACCCAAAAGCUACUUUUAUAAAUUCUGCAAGUAAUAGUAUACCUUUACAAGAUUUGAUUCAUCCAUACUACGAGAGCUUAAGUGACAACGAGAUCUUGGCAUAUUUAUCUUACACUUUAUGCGGAUUAGAUUCAAAGUUACUUCCAAUAAGUAAGAUAAAUGGACAAGAUGGGCUUCAGAUUCAGAUCCCGGAAACUUUAAAUCAUAGUUAUACUUGUUUAUUAACGAGUAUAAUAGAAGCUGGAAUUCUUUAUGAUUGGUUGAAAUCAAGUGUCGAUAUGAAAAAGGGUAAAUUACCAUCACCCAUUAAAACUGCAUAUUUACGAGUUUUGGAACUGGAAUUAUCGAAUUAUUUAAACCAUAUUACCUCAUUGUUUAAUGAUUCUUCUAAAAUUCAAUCAUUACUUCAAGUGUAUAAUCAAAUCCAAGGCCAAAUUUUAAAAUUGAGAUUAUUCUAUAUGAUAACAAAAGAAAAUAUAAUGACCGACAAAAAUGGAUACGAAUUUCUAUUACAAAUGUGGAAAUUUUCGAAAUUUGGUGAUUCAAAUAUCUCGAUAACUUCCAAGCAAAUUUUUGAACAGAUAUCGGUUCCUUAUUAUGAGAUCAUUGAACAUUGGAUAAUAAAAGGUGAAUUAGUUGAUAAUAAUGAUGAAUUUUUCAUUAGUUAUAAUAUCGAAGAAAAUCAUAUAAAUGAUAUUAUUCAAUUCAAUUCCAAAAAAAUACCCGAUUUUUUCACUUUAGUUAAUAAAGAAAUCGGAUAUAAAAUAUUUCAAAUUGGUAAAAAUUUAAUUUUUUUAAAUAAAUAUUGCAAAGAGUUGAAUUGGAUUAAUAAUUACAAUGUUAAAUACACCCAGUUUAUUUUCAAUGUCCACCAGGGCUUAAAAUCCAUGAAUAUGAAUUUAAUCAAUAAUUUAAUAAGAAUUCAAUUCGACGAAACAUUGAAUUAUCUUACAUUAAUAAUAUUUCAGAAAAACUUAAUGUUUGAUCAUUUGAUUAAUUUUAAGAAAUUCUACUUAAUGAACUCAAAUGAUUUUAUCGAAUCAAUUAUUGAAAAUGGAUCGUCUUUAUUCAGUAAAACAAGUGAUAGUUUGACAUCCAAUCAACUAUCUAAUGUUUUAAUUGAAUCAAUAAAUUCAUCAACAAUUAAGAACUACCCGCUAGAGUUUGUUAAUAGAUUAGAUGCAAGAAUCCUCGACUUAACUCAUGGGAAUAUGGGAUGGGAAGUGUUCACCUUAGAAUAUAAGAUCCAUGAUUUACCGAUUGAAAACAUCAUAUAUUAUGAUCAUGGAUUAUUAGAAUAUUUAAAGAUGUUUAAUUUUUUUUGGAAAUUAAGACAUUUACAAUAUUUAUUAAAUGAAGGUUAUAUAGAAUAUAACGAUAUUUGGAAAAACGAUUUAUCUUUUAUACUGAAAAAUUCAAUUAAAUUGAAAAAAGCAUCUAAUCUUAAUAUAAGAGAACAUCAGCAAUUAUGGUUAUUGAAAUCUUUCAAAACAAUUGGAAUCAUGAGAAAUCAAAUGAUCAUGUUUAUCACUACUAUGAUACGGUUUUUCUCCAUUGAUUUGGUAGAGGAUUGCUUUCAUAAGUUAAUCAUUGAAAAAUUAUUUAAAUCUAAAAACCCUAAACAUGCAUCCAAUUCAAAUAACCAAAAACUAGCCAUUUUCAAUAAGACUUUUGCUAAGAGCAUUCAAAAUAAGAAAAUCAUCGGAUUGGAGCCAGAACUAGUCGAACAUAAUAUGAACGAAUACACCAUUGAUGAGUUGAUUUCAAUCCACCAGAAAUACAUUCAUCUGAUCACCAACUACAAGUUAUUCAGCGAAGACCAGAUUGGUAAGGUUAGUGGCGACAGCUAUAUCAAGAAUAUAUACGCAUUAUUAGAGAUUGUUUUCAUGUUCAUUAAGGCAUCGGAAGAAUUUGGAAUGCUAAUUAGAAAUUACAUCGCCAUCACCAACAUCGAAAAGGGGCUUCAAGGUGGCUCCAACGAAGAGUACGACGACGACUUGGAAAUCAUCGAUGAUAAACUAAAACUGAUGUUCAACCAAAUCUACAAUCAAACUUACUUACAAGACUUUAAAAGCACAAAAGAGCUAUUUGUCAAGGAUUUGAAAAGCGAUUUAGAUCUAAAAGAUCUAAGCCGAUCACUCUAA